UUGCAUACAGACACAAUUUGCAUAAGCGUGAAAACUACGAGAGAAGAAAACAAAGUAUAUUUUUGUUCUUUUCAUGGCAGAUCCCACCCCUCUCCUCUGCCAACCCAAUCCAUCAUCUGACACACAAGAACAACCACCGUCACCACCACCACCCAACAAACACCACCCAUCCCUGGGAUCCACCGUCGAACUCUGCAUAGGCGACUUCAACUGGUCCCAGUUCCUUCAAUCAGUACUUGUCUCCAUCGCCUGGCUCUUCGACGCCCAGCAGACCUUCAUCACCGUCUUCACCGACGCCCAGCCCUCGUGGCACUGCACCAGCGCUGACAAUGACUGCGCCGCCACCGCCACACUCUGUGACCUUCCCAGGGAGUGGUGGGCGUGGGACGGGCCUGCGCAUGCAUCCACCGUGUCAGAGUGGGGUCUGGAGUGCGCCAACUCCGUAAUAUCGGGGCUUCCCGCUUCGAGCUUCUUCGUGGGGUGCUUGGUGGGAGGAUUCGGGCUGGCCUCGCUGGCUGACUCCUCGCUCGGGCGAAAGAACACGCUCUUCUUCUCCUGCCUCGUCAUGGGCAUCACUUCUCUUCUCGCCACUCUCUCGCCCAACGUUUGGAUCUACUCCGCGCUCAAGUUCCUCUGCGGCUUUGCUCGCGCCACCAUUGGCACUUCCGCGCUGGUUCUCGCCACCGAGAUCGUGGGCAAACGGCGGCGCGGCCAGACCAGUGUCAUCGGCUUCUUUUGCUUCACUAUAGGGUUCUUGUCCUUACCAGUCAUGGCUUACGCAAACAAGAGUUCUUCGUGGAGGAACCUUUAUCUGUGGACUUCGAUUUUAACGAUGAUCUACUGCAUAUUGGUGAAGGUGUUCGUUACGGAAUCCCCAAGAUGGCUUCUAGUGCGAGGAAGGACAGAAGAAGCCGUGGCCACGCUGAAAUGCAUCACAUCUGUGACUCAAAGCAACCUGGAUUUGGCCAUUAAUAACAUGUCCCACAAGGAAGAAACUUGGAACGUGGAUUUGUUCUCAGCCCUCAGAAUUCUUCUACAGAAGAAAUGGUCAUCUAGAAGGCUCGUCUCAAUUAUGGGCAUGGGUAUAGGCAUAGGACUCGUCUAUUAUGGCAUGCCACUAGGCCUUCAAAACCUCUCUUUCAACCUCUACUUGGGUGUCACUUUCAAUGCCUUAUCCGAGUUACCCUCUGCAUUGAUUGUCUUCUUCUUCAUAGACAAGUUCAACAGGAGAAUUGCACUCCUUUUCUUUACCAUCCUCAGUGGUGUUUUCAGCGUGUUGUCUAUCGUUGAAGUCAAGCCAUGGAGUAAUCUCCAAAUAGGGUUCGAGUUGAUAUCAUUCUUCAGCGCCUGUUCUUCGUUUAACAUCUACCUCAUCUACACCACCGAACUCUUCCCAACAUGUGUGAGGAACUCAGCACUGUCCAUGGCAAGGUUAGCAGUGGUGUUAGGUGGCGCGUUCAGUCCAAUGCUGGUGAGUGCCGGAAGAGCGAACAAGUUUCUGUGUUACGGGGUUUUUGGGUUGGUGAUAGGUUUCAGUGGGGUUUAUGGAAUAUUCUUGCCAGAGACAAGGGGAAGAGCACUCUGUGAUACAAUGGAUGAAGAAGAAAGCAAGGAGAAUAUUGCUUCUGGCAUGUUGGCUUAAAUUCUGCGGAAUUCCACAAACAUCGAGCACCGUCUUUGGUGGAUUUGCCAAUUGGCAAGUCUGAACUAUUGUAUUUGUUUUGUACGUCAACUAUGUUAUAUAUAAACAAUUUUUUUUUUUACAACUUUUCAACAAUGUAGUAGGUAACUAUUUUAUUAGUC